AUGCAAGGUACAGUUUUAGCGAAAUGUUUUGCCCCAAGGCCUUAUAACCUUUAUAGAACUUUGAAAACUCUCUGUCCACGGGAAGGUGUAUUUAUUUUACGUAUAGAAGAUACCGAUCAAACCAGAAAAGUAGAAGGUUCUGUUGACGCACUCGUAAAAGAUCUAAACUGGGUAGGUAUAGAGUAUGAUGAAGGACCAGGAAAGGAAGGCGAAUGUGGACCUUAUAUACAGAGUGAACGCUUGAAGAUUUAUCAAGAUCACAUAACUAAAUUACUGGUUAAUGGAUCAGCAUACCAUUGCUUUUGCACAGAGAGGCGGUUAAAUAUUUUACGUAGGAAUGCUAUAAGGUCGCAACAAGUGCCGAAGUAUGACAACCGGUGUCGGAAUCUGACCCAUGAUGACGUCAAAGAAAAAAUAAAAUCAGGGAUUGCAUAUUGUAUUAGAUUGAAGCUGUCAUCUGACUGCCAGUAUUUCGAAGAUUUGGUCUUUGGUAACAUCGCUUAUGAUGUUUCUCUUAACGAAGGCGAUCCAGUGUUGAUGAAGAGCGACGGAUAUCCAACGUACCACUUCGCCAGCGUGGUGGACGAUCAUUUGAUGGGCAUCACCCAUGUACUGCGUGGUGUGGAAUGGCAGAUAUCUACCCCUAAACAUUUGUUAAUUUAUAGAGCGUUUGGAUGGACCCCUCCGCAGUUCGGACACUUGCCUCUGAUUAUUAAUUCCGAUGGAACGAAACUGAGUAAAAGGCAAGGCGACGUGAGAGUCGAGGACUACAGGAACAAUGGCAUUUUCCCGUUGGUCCUCGUGAAUUACAUAACUUCGUCUGGCGGUGGAUUCGAUCACGUCGUCGGAGAAGGAGUUCGACUGAAGACAAUGGAUGAGUUAAUCAACGAGUUUCAGGUAAAUAAAAUUUCAUCGCAUCCGAGUCGCCUCAACCCAGAUUUACUACAAGAGUGCAAUAGGUUAGAGAUAAAAAGACGAUUACAAGAUGAUAAACUAGCAGAAGAAUUAAUAAAUAAUUUACAAGAUUUGAUAAAGAAGACAUAUCCACAAGAAAACUUGAACAUUUCAGAGGAACACCUGAGGAAUGUGCUUAACUGGGCAACAGUGAGGAUAACGAAAAUAGAAGAAUUAGUUACACCCAAGUUUGGGUUCCUUUGGAUCUUACCAGCAGCAGAGCAAAUAGAUCUUAACAAAAGCUUACUAGAGAAAUUAAUACGAAUAUUAGAGGAUAUGGAAAAGUUUGAGGAACAACCAUUGAAGGAGUAUCUGAGGAGUUUUUCUACGGAGAAUGAAGUUAAGUUUUCCACGUUAAUGAAGAUGUUGAGAUCGGCGCUUAGCGGACUGAAAGAAGGGCCAGGAGUCUCCGAGAUGAUGCAUUUGUUAGGAAAACAUCAAUGUUUAGAAAGAUUAAAGGCUGUUUUACGAUAA